UUAGAUUUUUGAAGUAAAGCUUAGGUCUUUUUGUAAAUUAGGUCAAGAAACUUAUGUUUAUACUUCCAAUAGAAUUUUAUCAUAACCAAUUAAGGGCCAAGAAUUUUUUAUUGUCCAUUGUAGUAGAUGGUGUUUCUUUUUUGAUAAUUUGCCUAAUAUAGAGGAGUUGAAUGAAAUUGGGACAAAUAUACAUCCCUGAUUCAUAACCUGCUGAGUGGAUAUUGCUGGAGAGAGGACAGGGGGUCUGAAUAGCUGCAUGGAAUUAGUAUGAUGUUGUUCUUCAUAAUUAGCAUGGGAAAAUGCUAAUCAGUGGAUGAGACUUGGUUCUCCUGAAUCCUGCUUCUUUGGAUCCAAUUAAUGCUGUUAAUUAAUGCUGAGUUUGCCAUGUAGUAUACUUUUCAGUCAAAUGUUAGAAAACUGGAUGAUAGCCUAGCAUUGGACAGCCAUUGCGCUUCCUAUGUAUAGGCACUCAUCUUGCACUAUCAGCAAUUCCUUUUCUGAUUUACACAAUUACUGUUACACAAAUUUGAUGAAAAUGCAUCUACUCUAAGGAGGUGCUGACAGGUAUGAUGAGUAUGCAUUCCAAAUCACCUUUCCCUUUAGAAUCCAGAUCUCGAUACAAUCUAUUCAUGAAUGUGUGCAUAAAUAGUCAUAAUCAAUUAAAAAUAUUAAAAAGUCACCGGCAAUUUUCACUGCAAAUAAUUAAAUUUUAAUAAAAUAUAUGUGCUUGGUAUUUGGCUAAUUCUUGCAUUGAUUGAAAAUCCUUCUAUAAGUCCAUUUUUUGAUUUCAUAAUGCUUUAUAAUGAAUUAUAUUUCUUUUUAUAAACUCACAGGAGUCUUCAAAUAAUGAUUAUGACUACAGGAACUGAAGUAUAACAUACAUAUGGGAAUACUGAUGAUUCAGAAUCAUGGCAACUAUUGAGGAAUUGGCCCAUCAAAUUAUGGAACAACAAAUGGGGGAGUCCCAAGGAUCUGUUACACAGACAUUAAUGGACGGAACACCACAAAGAAUUCAGAUUGUUCCUGCUGAUGUAGGACUUUCCUUACCACAGCGGAUACAGAUUGUUACAGAUCAACAGACAGGGCAGAAAAUUCAGAUUGUGACAGCACUCGAUCAGACUGCAACAAGCAAGCAGUUCAUUUUAACAAAUCAUGAUGGUUCUACCCCAAGUAAAGUGAUCCUUGCAAGACAAGAUGCUACACCAGGAAAGGUUUUUCUGACAACUCCCGAUGCUGCAGGAGGCCAACUGUUUUUUACAUCCCCAGAUAUAUCGGCACAGCACUUUCAGAUUUUGACAGACAAUUCUUCAACAGAUCAAAACCUAAAUAAAGUAUUUGAUCUAUGUGUUGUUUGUGGAGACAAGGCUUCAGGACGCCAUUAUGGAGCAGUGACCUGUGAAGGUUGCAAAGGAUUCUUUAAAAGAAGUAUACGGAAGAAUUUAGUGUAUUCAUGUCGGGGAACAAGAGACUGUGUGAUUAACAAGCAUCAUAGAAACAGAUGUCAAUACUGUAGGUUGCAGAGAUGUAUUGCAUUUGGAAUGAAACAAGAGUCUGUACAGUGUGAAAGAAAACCUGUUGAAGCAUCACGAGAAAAAUCUUCAAAUUGUGCAGCUUCUACAGAAAAGAUUUAUAUUCGAAAAGAUUUGCGAAGCCCACUUACAGCAACUCCCACUUUUGUAACAGAUAGCGAAACAGCAAGAUCAACAGGCAUGUUGGAGUCUGGAAUGUUUGUUAAUAUUCAUCAGUCUGGAUUAAAGACUGAACCUGCAGUACUGAUGACUGCAGAUAAGGUUGAAACAUGUCAAGGAGAUUUAAGUACUUUAGCCAAUGUUGUAACUUCAUUAGCAAAUCUAAGUAAGUCCAAAGAUAUAUCUCAAAAUAGUGAGGAUCUGUCAAUGAUAGAAAACUUAAGCAAUGGAGAUACAUCAUUAUCAGAGCUUCAGCAAGAUGAACAUGCAAGUGCUGAUGUUACAAGGGCGUUUGAUACUCUUGCAAAAGCAUUAAACCCAGGAGAAAGUACACCAUGUCCGAGUUCUGCAGAAAGUAUGGAAGCAAGUGCACAUCUAGCUGGAGAAGAAGCAAGCAUGAAUAUUGUUGAAAUAGAAGGCCCACUAAUUACUGAUGCUCAUGUAGCUUUCCGGCUCACCAUGCCUUCACCUAUGCCUGAAUAUUUGAAUGUUCAUUAUAUUUGUGAAUCGGCAUCCAGAUUGCUUUUCUUAUCUAUGCACUGGUCCCGUUCUAUUCCUUCCUUUCAAGCUUUAGGGCAGGAUAAUAACAUAUCAUUAAUAAAAGCCUGCUGGAAUGAACUUUUUACACUUGGUCUGGCACAGUGUUCACAAGUAAUGAAUGUAGCAACAAUCUUAACUGCAUUUGUUAAUCAUCUUCACAAUAGUUUACAACAAGAUAAGUUGUCAGCAGAUAGAGGAAAACUAGUGAUGGAGCAUAUCUUCAAACUUCAGGAGUUCUGCAACAGCAUGGUGAAGCUUUGUCUUGAUGGUUAUGAAUAUGCUUAUUUGAAAGCAAUUGUCCUCUUCAGUCCUGAUCACCCAGGCUUAGAAAAUGUGGUACAGAUUGAAAAAUUUCAAGAAAAGGCAUAUAUGGAAUUACAGGAUUAUGUAAUGAAAGUAUAUCCGGAUGAUACCUACAGGCUCUCUAGGCUACUUCUCAGAUUGCCGGCCUUAAGACUGAUGAGUGCAGCUAUCACAGAAGAACUGUUUUUUGCAGGACUAAUUGGAAAUGUUCAGAUUGACAGUAUCAUACCAUAUAUUCUACGAAUGGAGACUGCAGACUACAACUCUCAAAUAAUUGGUCAUACUAUAUAAAAAAAAUUAAACCAGUUUCUAUACCAUGGCAAUCGUGGUGAUUUAAAUGUACAUUAUCUCCAAGAGAUAAAAAAAGUUUUCCUGUGAAGGCAUAGCACAAAAAAAUAAAGGAAGGUGCUAAUUCUUCUUUAGCAAUUCAUUUGGAAAACACAAUGGAAUAUCUUCAGUGGUACAAGUACAGGACUUAUCUUUUGUCUGAUUUUCAAGAACUUUGUACAUUUCUGAUAAUUAGUGAAAAUCAAGAAGUGUAGUUCAUCUUAUUUUUGUAGCUUAGCUAUACAUGGAACUUGUGAACUCCAAGCAAAUACACAUAAGUUAACCUUUAAUAAAGAGAAGCUUCAUAAAAACAUUUCAACCUGAUACUAGGACAAAUAAACUUCUUUUCCAAUUGUUCUGGAUUCAGUAUCUUGUUUCUACAAGUUUACUUAUGUCAGUUUCAUUUCUGCUUUCAUUUCUGAUGAGACAGAGUUUCAAUUCUGGAUAACUCAGCUACUUUUUUCAGAAGUUAUUUUUUUUAUUCAGAAACAGGUGAUUUUGGAGUUACUUAAAACAGGGCUUUAUCUCAUGUUAGUGUUCCAAAUCAGUGAUUACAUCUUUUGCAGUAAUUGUUUUGUUCAGAGUUUUUAGCAGUUGCCAGGAUUUCAGAAUAAACAUAAUCCUAGAUAUUUUAUUCACAUCAAGAAUUGUUAUUUCCUAACUCCUGUUAUUUAUAAACACAAAAUAAUUUGUUGUGAUUAUGCUUUAAUAAUGUUUAUCCACAUAUAUCUAGGUAAAUUUGGAAAAGUUUAUUGAAUUUCAUUGUAUGCAAAUCUGUGAAACAACACAUUCAGCCACAUCCAGUAUUGAGCAAUGAUGCUUACACAGUGUUCUCUCCCUCCUUUUCUAUAUCCUUGGGUAUCCCAGGUUUGCUCCUUUAUCUUAAACCUGGAGCAAAUUUGGGAAGAAUAUAGAGAAAAUGAAAGAUGGGAGUAGAAUUUUUCCCUAGAUUGAUUCUGUUCCACCAUCAGAAUUACACUACUGAAUGAAAUUAUCACUUUUAUUGGAAAUGAAUUUAUUAAAUUCUGUGUCCUUUAAGAUUUGUUCCAGGUUUUCAUAAAAGAAUUCAGAUAAAAUUAGAAAAAAAAUCUGAAAAGGCAAUAAGUGAAUAAACAAGUAAACCUUGAUGAAAUAUAUGUAUUGCAUACUAAAUGGUAUGUUCCUAAAUAGCAGUGAUUGCACUAGAAUCCUAAUUAUUUCAUAUUUUAUGUUUCCAUGUUUGAGUUUGCUACUUUGUAUUUUCAGCUUUUGAAAACUUUUCAAAAUGCACUUUUCAGAUUUAUUAAAAGUGUGGUUUUUCCUUAGUUGUUUGGUAAAUGUAGUUGAACAUUAAUUCAAUAUAUUACUAUAUCAGGGGAUACUGAUAUAGUGGUGUUCUAUCAAUUCACCUUACUUUAGAUAUUCUUAAUCAGCAAUAGAACCAUCUCUAUAAAAUUAUGGGCUCUACUAAUAAAAAGGAGUUUAUGUAAUGUGACAGGUAAGAUUAUUCAAGGUUCUAAAAAUUAUUUGACUACAAAGGGAUAUCUUUUAUAUAUUUCAUAAUGAAACACCUAAUAAUGAACUGAACAGUUAUUUUUUUUAUGCACACAAUAUAUGCAUAUACGUGGGCACAUGCAGAAAUUAAUCAUAUCUACAGUUGUGAUUGCUUUUGAUGUAUUUUUGGCAACAUCUUACAAAUAUAACUUGUCCUGUUUUAAAGCAUAUUUAAAAAUCAUUUGAAUUGCACACCUCCCUAAAUGGUGUCUGUAAAUCUGUUCUGCAGUCAAUAGAAAUAGUUUCUGAAUUCCAUUCCAAUCCUUCAUUUGUUUUAGUGAUUCACUUGUAGUGUACACAUCAUAAUGUCCCAAUUACUACCUUAUUGUGUAAUAUACUGUUGUAAAUGUCUUUAAAUUUAAAGAAGUGUAAAUUCUAUUUUGGCUGUAUUUUAAAAAAAUAAAUUGUAACUUUUAUUAUA